AUGACUACCUAUCACAUCCGUGACGUUGAUAACCGUGUAGAGGGGCGUCUCGCUCUUGUAACCGGAGCCAGUGGUGGGAUCGGUUCAGCUAUUGCCAGAGCUCUCGCAGCGGAGGGCUGUGAUGUCAUACUCCACUGCAACGCCAGUCUUCAUAAAGUCGAAGCCCUGUCUAAAGAACUAACAUCGGCCCACCCCGGUCAACUCUUCCCUUGUGUCUCAGCCGAUCUCAGUUCUCGCGAUGAAACUCGCGGCUUAGUCGACAAGGCCUUACAAGACUCUAGCAUCUCUGCCAAGCAUAAAGCAGUGUCUAUUCUCGUUGCAAACGCUGGCCUUGGCAGGCGUAUCCGAGAUAUUCAGAACAUCGAAGAAGAUGACUGGGACUCGGUUAUGGAAGUCAAUGCUAGAAGUCAGUUUGUGGUGGUGAAAGCCUGCCUGCCUGCUAUGAGGGCGCAGAGCUGGGGCCGUGUGAUUCUGGUCGGAAGUAUUGCGAGCACGGGCGGUGGUAUCAAUGGGUGUCAUUAUGCGGCGACCAAGGGAGCUCUGAGCUCGAUGGGCAAGAAUCUCUCAACUGUCUUGGCCGGCGAGGGAGUCACAGUUAACACUAUUCUCCCCGCAAUGAUUGGCUUUACAGACAUGAUCCCAACGCCAAAAGAAACAACAUGGACAAGAAAAACAGAUCUAGAGGAACUCAAAGAAACAGACCCAGGUCUGGCCAUUGCAGCGAGUGUCCCGGUACGCCGAUUGGGCCAUCCUUCAGAAGUUGCCAACAUCGCUGUUAUGAUGGCAAAAACUGGAUAUCUCACUGGACAAGAUAUCAUCUUGUCUGGUGGUUUGAAGUAG